UUGACCAUUGACAUUUCAACGGGUUUCUCGGGUGUCUCUGUGCAGUACAUGAUGUCUUCAAAUUUCUUUAUAAUCUUUAUCUGCAUGUUUUUACUCGCGUUGCAUUUAUCUUGGGGAUAUAAACCAGUAAUUGAAGCCUUUCCCAGCAACAUAGUAAGGAAAAGGGACAGUGUAACAAUCCGGUGCUCAUCUCAAUAUCAGGGGAUAUUACGUUUAAACAUUAAGAGAGACUCUUCCUUCGUAGAUGCAAAGACAGAGGAGCAGGAGUAUAAUUUUUUUGUGCCAAAUGUAGAGAAAGAUACUGAUUGUACCUGUAUUCAAGUAUAUAACAAUAUAUGGAGUGAUUACAGUGAUGUCCUCACAUUAAAAGUAAUAGAUCCAAAAAAACCGAAAAUCUCAGCAGCACAUGUACAGGAUGAUAUAGAAGACACAAAGGUCCUAAUAACCUGCAGCGCACCAGACCCUCCAGAACAAUGCAGAGUUAAGCGAUUUUUCCUGUAUUCAGGAAAGGUGGAAAUAAGAGAUUUGUCAGCUAACGGAAGUUCUAGACAAGUGACAUUUGAAUGUUCCAACCUCACAGCAAAAUACAGAUGUUCUUAUGUUUUAGAAGUCAAAGAAAAAUCUCAUCAUCUGAUUACAUCACCACUCAGUAAUACAGUGACACCUACAAAACAUAAAGAUGAAGAAGAAAAAGGAAGUAGUGACUAUGAUUUUCUAAUUCCAAUUGUGGCCACCGUUUGUGUUAUUCUUAUCUUGAUCCUGGCAGUAAUCUUGGGGAUUUACUUCAAAAGAAAAAACAAACCAUCACCACAAAAAAUGAAAAACAGUGAAUAUCCUCAAGGAGAACAUGCAAAAGCCAACACUGAAGCAACAUACAGCACAAUUGAUGAGACCAAAUUGAGACCACCUCCCGAUGUGGAAGAGAAUAUAGAAGACACAACCGUGGAUGAUGAUAAUGAUGGAAUCACCUAUGCCAGAUUGAACAGUGCAAACCUAAAACCGAAGAACACACAGUCCUAUACACCUGCGGACACCGGCUUAUAUGCAGAAGUGAAAAAGUCUAAACCAAUGUGAUGAAGUUUAAAAUGAAAUGUAAAUUUUAUUCUUCAAUAUAUUAAUAAAUAAUAUAUGUGAUCAAUGCUUGCCGAUAUUGUCUGAUGCACUUACAUUUGUAGAUAAAAUAAAAUG